CAUCAGUCCGAUAUUCGAAAAUUUCCAUAUCAGUUCAAAAAUAGAAUUAGAAACUUGAGCAGAAGAGUCUUCUCUCAACUAGUAUAGCAGUGUGCUUCCCUUCCUGUUCAGUAUGCAGUAAGUGAGCAAUCAUUCCAAGUAAGUGUUGCUAUCAUGAAUAACUAAACAGCUUUGUGCUGUUUACCUAAGGAAUGAGGCUCUGGAUUUCUAGCAUGUAUUUCUAUUUGAAUAAAUAAAAUAAGGAUGCCCUACCUCUUUUGUCAAAAGUAUCAAAAAUCUUUAGCUAUCGCUAUCUGUUUCAUAGUUUUGCAUUCCAUCCAUCUAUAGCUAUCACUAUCCGUUUCCUAUCAUAGUCUGAAGUUUGAAAAGCUUUGCCUACCAAAACAAAACCAGUUUUAAAACCAAGAUUAAGACAAAACAGCAGUGAUUCCGCCUAUUAAAGUAUCCGCUAGGCAGGGAGCCGUUUGGAGAAAAACUUAGGCAUGUUGAAGGCUAGUCUUGUUUUCAUUUUGUUUUUAGAUAAAGUUUCUAAGGUAGACAAAACUCUAAAACUCAGGAUUGCAUAGGAAAUACCCCUUUUAGUCUUUUCCCAAGCAAAUAGUAAGAUACGAAAAAGUUGGUGCAUCUGGGCACAAUACGUGGAAUUUUUGGGCAUACGGGAAUUAUCCCUUGAUAUAAUCCAGUUUGUUUUCCAAUUUUUCUAAUUGGUGGAGUAUAUCAGGUAAUUUGUCUAGAUGGGUUUGACAUCUAGAUAAUUCUUUCUGCAGGUUCUGAUAUUUUUCAUCAGAUGUUUUUAAUAGAGAAUUCAGUUUCUCUAUUAUUAAAUCAGACAUUGUCCCCAUUGGGGAUUCCCCUGCUGAGCCUUCUUCAAGCUCUGAUACCAGUGAUUUGCGGAUCUAACCAAUGCUCAUAUAAUCAAGAGCUUCAUAUGCCCCAAAAACUGCAAGAAAUUCCUAUACAUGAAAGGUUCCUACUAUACGCUUCAAUCUCCCUUGUAUCUGUUAAUCAAUGGCUGCUUCUUCGUCUUCAUCAUGUGGAGGCACAUUCAAGUACGACGUUUUCAUCAAUUUCAGAGGCGAAGACACACGUAGGUGUUUCGUCUGCCAUCUUUACGAAGAUCUGAAACAGAAAGCACUCGACACCUUCAUAGAUUCCGAAGAGCUUAGAAAAGGCGACGACCUUUCGGAGCUAUUCAAAGCCAUUCAAGACUCGAGGCUUUCGAUUGUAGUUUUCUCUAAAGACUACGCAUCUUCUAAAUGGUGCUUAAAAGAACUGGUCCAGAUCUUGGAGUGUAUGGAUAGGCGGAGCCAGAUUGUGGUGCCCAUUUUCUAUGAAGUAGAUCCCUCCCAUGUUCGCAACCUUAAGGAAGCUUUUGCAGAAGCUUUUGCAAAACAUGAAAGCGGUUCCAAUGUCGACAAAGAAGAGUUGGAGAGCUGGAAGUCCAGUUUAAACAGAGCCACCAAUUUAUCUGGCUGGGAUUCCAAAAAUUAUCGGGAUGAUACCCAGCUUAUCGGCAGCAUUGUAGAAGACAUUUUGCAGAAAUUGAUCCACAUCUCACCAAGUAAAACCGAUGGCUUGAUUGGAAUGGAUUCUCACAUGGAUAAAAUUGAUUCGCUAUUACAGCUGGGGGUGGAUGAUUUUCGCAUUGUUGGAAUCUGGGGUAUGGGUGGCAUCGGCAAGUCAACCAUAGCUAGAGCUUUUUUUGACAGAAUUGCUCGUCAAUUUGAACACAAAUGCUUUCUUAAUAAUGUGAAGGAGGGCUUCAUUACAAAAAAGGGUGCAGUACAAAUGGUUGAAGAACUUCUAUCCAGAAUUCUAGGGGUAAACAAUCCACGCACUUUGGAUGGAGGCCUGAAUAUGAUAAGGAAAAGAUUACGUAAGAAAAGAGUUCUUCUUGUUCUUGAUGAUGUGGACGAUCAGGACCAAAUUGAAACUUUGAUUGGAGAGAAACCUGCAUUUGGUGGUGGGAGCAGAAUUAUUAUAACAACCAGAGAUAAGAAGUUACUAGCUAGAUUUUUGAUAUACGAGCCCAAGUUGUUCACUAAUAAAGAAGCUCUUGAACUCUUUAGACGGUAUGCUUUCAGAACAAACAAAUAUUCAAAGAUUUAUGAUGCUAUUUCAAGGCGUGCCUUAAAAUAUGCGCGUGGUCUUCCUUUAGCACUCAAAGUCUUGGGAGGUAUGCUUGAUAACAAAACUGUACAGGAGUGGGAGUAUGAGUUGGAGAAGAUAAAGAAAAUCCCAACCACGUUUCUUGAUAAUAAGAUUGGACGUGUGCUUUGGGCAAGCUAUGAUGGAUUGGAUGAAUAUGACAAGAAAAUAUUUCUAGAUAUUGCAUGUUUCUUUAAGAGAGAGAAGAAAGAUUUUGUAACAAAGUUUCAUGAAAGUUGUGGCUUUUUUCCCCAGAAUGGACUAAGAGUUUUGGAAGAAAGAUCUCUUGUAAGUGUCUCAUGUUAUGGUGAACUGGAGAUGCAUGAUUUGAUAUGGGAAGUGGGUAGGGACAUCGUCCACCGAGAAUCUACUGAAGAUCCAGGAAUGCGUAGUAGAUUAUGGGGUUAUGAAGAUGUUCAGCAAGUGUUAGCUGAAAAUACGGCUACGAAAGUUGAAGGCAUAAACCUAGAUUUGUCAAAGUUAAAAAAGGUAUGCGUAAAUGAUGAAGCUUUUGUUAGCAUGAGGAGACUAAGGCUACUCCAGCUUUCUGAAUAUCAUUAUGGAAAGGAAGAUGAUUAUAAAAAUGAUUAUAAAAUUGAAUGGCGAAAAGAAGAUUAUGAACCCUGUGUACAAGACGUGAGUGAGAACUUAAAGUUUCCUUUGAAUGAGUUGAGAGUUCUUGUGUGGCAUGGAUGCCCACUAAAGUCUUUCCCAAGUGAUUUUCUACCGGAAAAACUUAUUUACGUCGACAUGUGUUAUAGUCGUAUCGAACAACUUUGGGAAGAAACUAAGCCUUUGCAAAACUUGAUAUACAUAGAUUUAAGUUGCUCAAAGUAUCUAAUCAAAACCCCCGACUUCACUGAGGCAACAAGUCUUGAGAAACUGAAGCUUAAAGGAUGUACAAGUUUACUGGAGGUUCACCCAUCCAUUUCAGCUCUUCAAAGCCUCGUUGAGUUGGACCUACGAGGCUGCACAAAUCUCAAGAAAUUUCCAAAUAUAUCCAGAAAUAUGAAGGGUGGACUUUACCUAGAUGAGACUGCAAUUACAGAAAUGCCCUCGUCAAUUAAUGAUCUCUCCGAGCUGCAGGCUUUGAGCCUUACUGGUUGCAGAGAACUCAGGAGUCUUCCGCGCAGCAUUCACAUGAAAUCUCUGGAAUUUCUUGAUCUAUCUCACUGCUCGAAACUUACGAAGUUUCCAGAGAUUUCAGAUGUAAUGGAGAAGCUAGAGGAGCUUAAAUUAGACGGGACAGCAAUUGAAGAACUACCCUCAUCUAUUAAUAAUCUUACGGGGCUUGAUGAGUUAAGUUUGAGAAACUGCAUAAGCCUUGUCUGUCUUCCGGACAAUAUCUGCAAUUUGGAGGAACUUUCUCAACUCGAUCUGACUGGGUGCUCUAACCUUUCGAAGUUGCCUGAGAACUUUGGGAAUUUGAGAUCCUCGUGGGACGAUCUGGAUCUGACUGGGUGCUCUAACCUUUCAAAGUUGCCUGAGAACUUUGGGAAUUUGAGAUCCUCGUGGGACGAUCUGGAUCUGACUGGGUGCUCUAACCUUUCAAAGUUGCCUGAGAACUUUGGGAAUUUGAGAUCCUCGUGGGACGAUCUGUAUUGGGACGAUGACAACCGGCUUGAACUGGAGGGGAGUGGUAUAAAACAACUUCCAUUCUCUGUCUUGUGUAUGGAAUCAUUUUCAUGUAAUGGAUGUAAAGAGAUGACGGCGCCCUUUUCCUCUUGGCCAACAUGGAACCACCAAAAUCCUGGUUACUCUGUUCUCACCGAUCUUGAUUUAAGUGACUGCAAUCUCUUGGAAUUAUCGGAUGGUAUUGCUCAUUUAUCUUCAUUGCUAGAAUUAGACUUAUCCGGAAACAACAAUUUGGAAAGUUUACCUGCAGCAAUGAAUUGCCUGGGUGAUUUAACAUGGCUCAAUCUGAGAGGUUGCAAGAGUCUGAAAUCAAUACCAGAGCUUUCAUCAAGUAUACGAGAAAUCAACGCCCAAGAUUGCACAUCUUUGGAGACAGUUUCAACACCACAGCCUCCGUUCGCUGAGAACAUUUGCUUCAAAUUUUUUAAUUGCUUCAAGCUAGUGAAUACCAAUCUAUUUAUAGAUAUUGUGGAAAGUGCUACUCAUAAUCAGGAUUAUGAAUCUGAGGAGGAGGAUGAUGAUUCUGAGGAUGGCCCUUGUUGCCUUAUGACUCUUCCUGGAAGUGAUAUUCCAGAUUGGUUCAACCAUCAGAGUAGAGGGUCUUCCGUAACUGUGCAGUUACCACCCAAUUGGCUCCCAAACAAGUUUCUGGGGUUCGCUAUAUGCGCCAUCAGUAACUUGCGGGGUGAUAAUUAUAUAACAACUCUUCAAUCUGCUUACUGUUGUUGUACCUUAAAAGCAAAUGAUGGUCAGGACAAUUUCUAUUUUCCUUUGUCCUCUUAUUUGUCCUAUUAUCUUAGUGGAACUGGCAGGCCCCUUGACUCGGAUCAUAUGUUGCUGGGAUACACAAAUUUCCGAAGUUUAGGAGAGUGGCAUAAUGAACGCAAAUACACCGAGGCUAGAUUUAGCAUAGUGGCAGAGGACGAUGAAGUGGCAGAGGACGAUGAAAUGGCAGAGAACUAUGAAGUGGUAGAGGACGAUGAAGUGGUAGAGGACGAUGAAAUGGCAGAGAACUAUGAAGUGGUAGAGGACGAUGAAGUGGUAGAGGACGAUGAAAUGGCAGAGAACUAUGAAGUGGUAGAGGACGAUGAAGUGGUAGAGGACGAUGAAAUGGCAGAGAACUAUGAAGUGGUAGAGAACUAUGAAGUGGUACAGGACGAUGAAGUGGCAGAGGAAGAUGAAUCAGAUGAUUGGGAAGAUUGCACUUGGACCACAAGUUGCGGGGUUCGGUUAUUCCACACAAAUCCACCAUCCUCUCUGGACCUUAUUUGCAAUUUGGAAAAUAGAGAAACAGAGAUAGGGAGUAAGAGAGAGAGAGAGAAACACUAGAGAGAGGGAAAGAGAAGAUGGGGGUGGAGUGCUCAGGAGGGCCCAUAUGCUGCUGCUUCUCGUUGAGUGGGUGCGCUGUUUCGUUCAGAAAGAGACAAAGAGAGAGAGAUGGAGAGGGUGUCGCUGGAGCCACAGGAUUAGAGUCAGAGGAAGCGGAUGUCUCUCACAUUGUCUCUCUAGAAUUCUUAAUUCAAGCCCGUGCCACUGUUCAUUCGAUCAUCGUGAGCACCACAGCUUUCGUGUUUCAGUAGAGAGACAGAGAGACUGUGAGAGCGAAGAGUGCAGAGGAAUAAUAGAGACCGCUGGAGUAGAAAGGAGAAGAGGAGGAAUUGGUCUGGGUUUGUUUUGGACGAUACCCAAUUCGUCCUUUUUGUGGGUUUGGCAAGGUAGACGAUCGUGAAUUGCUUGCUGAUUUGAGUUUGAUUUUUGGUCAGCUUUUCAGCAACUUUGCAUUCAAUUGGGUCAAUUUAGGAGUAGAGUGCUUGGUCAAGCAGCAAAGAGACUUUGCUUGGCAAAUUUCAGGAACAACAAUGCAGACAUUCAAGAUUAUAACAUGAAAGCUUUGGAAAUGUUAUCCCCUCAAGAAGAAGGGGAAUGUGGAGAUAUGUUGGAAAUUGAAGAAUGCGAGACUUUGACCCCCUUGAACCUACCAGAACAAGAAAAAGAAUAUAUGGUUAAUGCUUAUUCCUACCUCAAAGAAAGUUUGGAGAGGGGUGGAACUAAUAAGAGAAAGCUUGCCUAGAUUUAGCUCGGGCUGUUGGAAGAGCCUUCUUCAGUGAGCAUGUAGAGGGUCAACUGAAGAGAACUAUUUAUGACAGCUGAUCUAGAAUAGCCUGUAGCACUUUUGGAUCAAAAGGAGGUCUUUCAAAUUUGUAGGGUUGUAUUUCAUAAAGAUUGAGGCAGGAAAACCACUUUUGAUUAUG